AUGGAUGAGGAGCAAUUAUUGAAUCUCUUUGAUUCCAACUGGUUUUACAAUGAUAUCAUCGCAGCACCAUCUUUUGCCACAAACCCAGAUCUUGAAUUUCUAUUCAAACCUUUAAAACCAGAGAUUACUCGAAUACAAUCAUCUCUUCUUCGAUCUGUAAGUGAAGAUUUACAGUCACAAUCAAGUUUUACUUCUUCUUCUUCUCCUGAUUCAGUUCUAAGACCGCAGCAAUUACAAACAAUCAAUUCAGGAAAAGUGGAAGAAGAACAGAAACUUGAUUCAUCAUCAGGUGAAACUAGAGGAGCAGCUUCAAAUAAAUUGAUGAUCAAGGGUAAAAGAAUGAAGAAGAUGAAGAGCAGUAAAAGCUUAUCAGAUCUUGAGUUUGAAGAAUUAAAAGGGUUUAUGGAUUUGGGUUUUGUAUUUUCUGAAGAAGAUAAGAAUUCAAGUUUGGUUUCAAUCAUUCCUGGUUUACAGAGAUUAGGAAACAAGGAAAACCUUAUCACAGAAGCACAAGAAGAAGAUCAAAGUCGUAAACCAGCCAGAGGUGCUGAUUUUCAAAGACCUUAUUUGUCUGAAGCUUGGGCUGUUUUAGAUAACAAAACAAAGGAAGAAGAGCUGCCAUUAAUCAAGUGGCAAGUUCCUAAAUUAGACAAUGAAAUAGCCAUGAAAUAUCAUCUUAGAAAUUGGGCUCAUACUGUUGCGUCUGCUGUGAGAUGA